UAAAAACUGGUUCACGACGAGAGGAUUCAGGGAUAGUGAGACAGACGUGUGAGAGAAGCCGAAGGUCGAGCUUGUCGUAUGUGGUAAACAUGCGAGAUACAUGAUGGCCUUAUCGGUAUCAACCUUGUAUUUCUCCUUUCUUAAUGAUCACCCAAUUGCUCCGUACGACCAUUUCAUUUUCCUCUUCAGCUGUGUCACAUGCAUAUCGUGCGUUCCACUGACUCUGUUGUUGCGGUGCUCUCUUAUUCCUUGAACCACCACUAUCUCGCGUGAUCAUGAAAAUCGCUGUGAUCGGCGCUGGAGCCGCGGGACUCGCUGCACUCCGGCACUGCGUUUCCGGUGCUUACGAUGAUCAAGUGGUGUGCUACGAAAAAACAGACCAAAUCGGCGGCACUUGGGUCUACCGUGAGGAAACUGGUUCUGAUAGAUACGGUUUGCAGAUUCACACUAGCAUGUAUAAAAGCUUGAGAACUAAUCUGCCGAAGGAAGUAAUGGGCUAUCCGGAUUACCCAAUACCGCAGAGACCCGAGAGCUAUUUAUCGCGCACGGAGAUACUGGAUUUCCUGAACGCGUAUUGCGAUCACUUUGCACUACGUUCUCAUAUUCGGUUGCUGCAUCAUGUCGAGCUGGUGGAACCGCCUGCGGGGGACCGGAAGUGGAGGGUCAAGGUCAAGGAUCUGCAGAGGGACGCGACCGUUGUUGAAUCAUUCGACGCGGUCAUGGUAUGCAACGGCCAUUAUUUUGAACCCAGAACCCCAAAGGUAUCCGGCCAGGACAUCUUCGCGGGCGAACAGCUGCACAGCCACGACUAUCGCGUCCCCGAAGUUUUUAACGGCAAAACUGUCGUUGUCCUAGGAGCUGGCCCUUCUGGUAUGGAUUUGGCACUGGAAAUAUCGGGGAACGCGAAUCGCGUGAUACUGAGUCAUCAUCUGACUGAAACUAUACACACCGUAUUCCCCGAGAACGUGGUGCAGAAAUCUGACGUAGUGGGACUGACGGAGCACGAGGCGAUUUUUGCGGAUGACUCGAGAGAGCAGGUCGAUGUCGUCUUUUAUUGCACAGGGUACAAGUACAGCUUCCCCUUCCUCGCCGAGUCCUGUGGAGUCCAGGUGGAUUCCAAUAUGGUGACACCUCUCUGGAAGCAUCUGGUGUCCAUAGAAAACCCUACACUGGCACUAGUCGGUCUUCCGUUCUACGUUUGCGCUUUCAGCAUGUUCGAUUUACAGGUGCGAUUCGUCCUACGACACUGGCACGGCGAGAGGCGUUUUCCCGCGAGAGCGGAUAUGCUGCGCUCCGAGGCUGAGGAAGCAGCAAAACGCGCCGAGAGGGGCCUGCAGAAGAGGCACUUUCACAUGAUGGGCCCCGAGCAAGGUGACUAUUACGACGACCUGGCGAAUAUCGCGGGCAUCACGCCGCUGCUGCCCGUGCUGACGAAACUCCACAACGAGAGCAGCAUGCGCUUCCUGGACGACCUGGUGCACUAUCGGCAGGACCGCUACAAGAUCCUCGACGACUACAAUUUCGUUCAGCUUUAGGACUGGACUCGGUCUGCAUUCUUAUUUGCGGGGAACAUGAGAAUUUAAGCCAAAAUUUUUUUUUUAUUAUUAGACUUGAUUUUUCAAGAAUUUUAAUUGUACAAAUAAGAAAUGGUGUAACAUCAAUCCCAUAAAAUAUGAGAGAAUAUGUAAUGAUGUAACGUUGUAAUGAUAACACGUAUGAAAUAUAGAGAACACUGAAAUGUUAA